UUAUCAAUAUGGCGGCACGAAAUCCAUCUCCUCCUCCAAUUACAGACGAAGAGAGAGAUGUUUUAUAUUCAGAUAAAAUUGGCGAUACAGUAUUUAGCAAGAGAUGGGUUCUCCAAGUCCUGUUUAAUUCAACGCAACAGCUAAAACUGGACGGCGAUGGAAUUAUGGACAAAAAUUUAGAUUCCGAUUUAUGUAAUCUUUGGGAUAUGUCAAUGAAUAAGGAUGUUGCCUUGUUUCUUCAAGAAGUCGAUGGCUUGAACAUAUUUCUUAAUAUUAUUCUUGAAUCUAAUUCACCACGAUUAACGGAAAUUUCCAUUGGCCUCAUGGGCAAUAUGGCAUGUGUUGAAGAUAUAUGUAAGGAUAUUACAAACCGUCAAAAAAUAAUUGACAUUAUGUUGUUGUUGAUGGAUCAUCGCGAUGCUUCAAUUCUUAUUGAAGUGACGAGACUUGUUCAUGUAGCGAUAACAAACAAUGAAACGCGGACAAAAUGGAUGGAAGGGAUACAACAUUCUAACCUUUUGAAGAACGCGAUGUUCAUAUUUGAAAACUCAAUGAAUGAAGAGUUGCUUUUGAACACCAGUCUAUUGUUAUCGUCACUGUUGACGUACAAUCGAUCUUUGGUAGAGUCUGAAGACGAACAUAGAUUUUGCAAGUCAAUAGAAGAAGCAAUGAAACAAACGAAGGAUGAUUGUGAAAAGACCCGCGAAUAUCUGUCGUAUCUAUUUGAACUUUUACAAAAGAAGUAAUCGAUACCGAGAAUGGACAUCCAUAUGGCGGUUUGUGCCAGAGAUAGCGGUGCUGAAAAGAUAAUAUGGUAUCCCAAGGACCGCGUAAAAUCGAUUAUCUUGAAGGGGGGGGAGAGUCAUAUUCAUAUAUUCAUGCUAUAACCCGUAGAAAACAAUGGAUUUCAAAGGAACUUAAUGUGACAUAUCAUACAUGUAUGAAUAUUAAAUACCACCACUAAUUAUCGAUCUUCUGCGGUCUCCGUAUCCAUUUUAUCAUUACCUAUGAAAGUAUAUUUGACCACUCCAAUCGCAACUUGCAAGUAAACUUGGAGAAGACAGACUCCAUGCAACGUCCAUACAAGGCUGAGAGUUUGAAAGUUCAAAAGUAUUUGAUAUCUUUGUUGUAGAAUAAUUGUAGACAUACAAGAAACCAUUUGAGGAACCACUCGCCACCAAGCUACCAUCUGGACUAAUGUCCAUACCAAUAUGAUAACCAGAAACCUUAGUAGAAAAGCCCAAGUGAACGAUGUUACGAAAACGUAUAUGAUCAAUCUUUCUUAGAAUACAAAUGAGUCGACAAUGACAUUUAAACAUACAAUUAAAAGUAGAACUUUCAAGGUUUAACUGGUGUUCAAAAUUUCUUGGUGUUGUUAGUUAUUCUCUGGAGGUUUAGCAAAUAUAAUUGUUUAAGAAAAGCCUAAACGUGACGCUUUAGAUUGUAACUUGUGAAUACUAAAAUGAAUAAGUUUUACGUACAUUGUGUCCUUCAAA